GUUUCAUUGGUUUGGGUGUGUAUCUUUUUGUUCGAGUCAAACGAACUUGGACCUAUUUUUCGGAAACUUAAAAAAACGUUGACAUAAAGCUGCGCGACCCCUCCAUUCAUCCAAACAAGAAAAAAUAUAUAAAUAAAAUAAAAGCAAUCAAGACAAUUUCAAAAACCUCACAAGCAGCCAAAUAAGCACACAAUCACCAACUACACUUACUGUAUUGUAUUUGCAUAUCGUAUCUGAGAACAUUUUCAACCAUAGGCCUAUCCGAGACAGCCGUGAUGGACGUAAUGUCAUCUUCCCUACAACAGCAGCGCAUUGUCGUUGAACAGCUACGCCGGGAAGCUGCGAUCGAUAGACAGUCCGUGUCGGUAUCGUGCGAUAAAAUGAAGAAGUAUAUAUCGGAGCACGAGCAGGAGGAUUAUCUGUUGACUGGCUUCACCAGUCAGAAGGUAAACCCAUUCCGUGAGAAGUCGUCGUGCACUGCUCUUUAAGCAGGUUUUUAUGGAUGGAUCGAUGGAUGAUAUAUGUAUUUCGUUUUUAAGUUCUUUAUAAAACACAAGCACCCAAAUUAAAUCAGAUAAAUAAACUUGAACAAUAACAAAAGUCGA